GCUGUGCUGUCAACACUGUAUUGCCCACUGUCUGCUGCAGCAGUCGCAUUUGUCGGAGAACGAUGUCAUCUCUCGCCUACACGGCGCCUGCAGGCACCAGCGAACGGGUCGCAACGCUCCGCUCCCUGGCGUGCAUCCGGGAACGCUGCGGGGUGAUCUUCGAUGCGGCGAAAUCGGACAAGCUCGCCCACUUCCGUCUCGAUCUCUCCAAGAUGGACGACGUCGCCACCUUCGUGCAAGGCCUCAUGGACCGGGACUACAGCAGCUACGACGACGUGCCUUACCACUCCCGUUGGCGGCACUUCGAGGCGGGCGGGCUCGACCGCACGGCGCGCCUUACGGCUGCCUGGGACGGCAGCAAGAGUUGCGACGAACUAGAGAAAGCGCGGCGUCUGGUAGACCUAGUCGUCACCUCCGUGCUCCUCGAUGCCGGCGCUGGCGACGUCUGGAAGUACACGGAAAAGUCCACGGGUUUCGAGGCGGGCCGAAGCGAGGGGCUCGGCGUCGCCAGCUUCCACAUGUUCGGGGCAGGGGCGUUCUCGAGCGACACGGGGAGUAACCCACACCGGGCGGACUCGUUGGGGUUGAAGAGUCUCGCGGACGAUUCCGUGAGAAGGGCAUUUCAGGUGGAUGAUGACUCUAACCCUCUCGUGGGCUGCGACGGAAGAACCCAGGUGCUCAAGCGGUUGGGUACGGCCCUUGAACACCACCCGGAGUUCUUCGAGACAGGAGGAGUUUUUAGGCCCGGUAACAUGGUGGACUAUCUCCUCGCCCAAGCUAGCGACGACUCAAAGACCGUGUCCAUCACCAAGGUGUGGGAAGUGGUAAUGUACGGGUUCGAGGCCAUGUGGCCUGCCGGGAGGACGGAGCUCGACGGGCGGAGCAUGGGGGACGUUUGGGAGCACUCGGCUCUUCCGGACGACGGCAGCGGGUGGUCCAACCUCGUGCCUUUCCACAAGCUGUCGCAGUGGAUGACGUACUCUCUCAUGGAGCCGCUGCAGGCGGCCGGGUUGGUCUUGACGGAGACUGAGCUCAUGACGGGUCUACCGGAAUACCGCAACGGGGGCCUGCUGUUGGACAUGGGGCUGCUAGAAGCCAAGCACCCGGGGGUGACUGGACAAGCACAUGGUCCAGAAGAAGAGGUUAUCGUGGAGUGGAGAGCGCUGACGGUGUGCCUCUUGGACGAGGUCGCGGCAGCCCUUCGACAAAAGCUGGGCAAGACGGAGGAAGAGUUCCCGCUGGUCAAGAUGCUUGAAGGGGGCACGUGGAAGGCCGGCCGGUACAUGGCAAAGACUCUCAGGCCGCAGACCUGCGGGCCCCCCAUCGAGAUCGUCAGUGACGGCACCGUGUUUUGAAAUCAUUCUGGGUCGUUUUGCUGGGCAGAGUUGGUCCUCUGCUCCGAGCCGCACGCGUUGUUUCGAGACGCAGAUUGCGCGGCCACUGAAGAAACGGCUGUUGUCCUGAAUGUGAUAGCGGCUUAGUUCCUCUUUGAGGGAAACCAAGUUAGUGUGCGGUGGGGUUCAAGUUCUUCGGUAUGAACACUUUUGGGCUACACCCUCAAGGUUUAGGGCUAGAUAGACUUUGUUGGGCCAUUUAUCGGCCCCACCUCCUUUGAACUCCUUCACAAGGGGGGUGCCGAGGCAGUCGGGGGCAACUAGCCUAGUGUGGAUGCUUUGUAGAGUGGAGGGGUAAGAGGGUUAAUGACAAGUCGAUUCGCGGGACGAUACCGCGGGUUCAACGGCGAAGUUGCGCCGCUCCUAUUUGUGCUUGGGUGGAAAACGCUACACUACUCUGGGACUCUAGGAGCAAGUGCGAAAGUAGCACUAGAAGCACGUCGCCCACCGAUGACAGGAGGCAUCGGGCAACGUAGACCUUGGGUUGUUAGAAAGUCUCGCUUUCACUCUAAAGGAGUAUCUUGAGAACCUCGCUUUCGUCCCCAGUUUACCACGCUCCCGCCAGCUGUUGUCUCUAAGCCCCAUCGAUGGCCCCUCGAUUUUCGUCGGGGCAUUUGAAUGCCGGUCGCCCCUUGUACUCUGGUUGAUAUCCUCGAAAGCCGUCUAUCUAGUGGCCAGAGUCAGGGGCUCGAAUCCCGGCGUAAGCGAGCUU